UAAAAAUAUUUUAAGAUUAUCAAUUUUAUAAGUUAAUAGAAUUUUUAUUUAACUUAAAAAAUGGCUAAUAUUAAGGAUACACGAAGUAAAUUGCAUGACAAAAUAGGAAAAGGAUUUGAUAUACCAAGUGAGCAUGUUGAAUCUGAAGGAGAACGUUUGAUAAAAUCCUUAUCGGAAAAACAAAUUAACACGAAAAUAAAAUUGUCUGAAGAGCUCUCUCGGGAACAACAAUUUCAAAAAUCACAAUUUUUACCAAUUACAACUUUUAUGUCUGGUCAGAUAAAUUUAGAAGAGUUUCAAGAAAUUAAUAAUUCUGUAACAAGUUUAGAAUUUCUAUAUUCUUGUGAUUUGAACAAUGAAGAAGCUCAGUUUUAUAAAGAUAGUUUAAAAGGAACCGAUUUUUUAAAGAACAAAUAUAAAAAUUUAGAACCGAAUAUUUUAAUCGAACGUUUAAACAUUAUUUUGAAGAAAAUCGAAAAUAAACGAUCUAAUCAACUGGCAGGAUGUGCUAGGAUUCCAAAACCAUCACAAUUGAAUGAGUUAGGCACUUGUGUAAAACCGAAUAGUAAUGAAACAAAAUUAUACAAAUUUGCAUUAUCGUGCAACCAAGAACAAAAUAAAGACAAUAAAAUAUGCUUAGACCAUCCCAUUAAUAAUUUAAAACAACUAGAAGAUGACUUAUUUCCCAAAUAUAAUGGUGAUAUACCUCCACUAGAGAAACGACGAAAGAGAGCUAGAAAAAUUUUGGAUAAUUCAAACCCUAACAAACUAAAUACCAUAACGGAUAUUAUUCCAAGUAAAAAUAAUUCAAAAUGGGAUAUUAAAGAAACAGAGCCUGUAGUAAAAAAAAUUAAACAUGUUUACACUUGUGAACCAUUUAAUCCGAACUUGUUGGCAAAAAACAUUCACAUCGUGGAAAAUAAAAAGAAAAUUAUCGAUAAAGGAGUAGAGUUUGUUGCAUCGGCUAAUUGUAAAUUAAUACCAGUAGAUCAUAUUAGGAAAUAUCGACUGUCUUUGGAAGAAAUUAAACAAUUUCCAAAGUUUCAAAGUUAUGACAGUGGUUCCCCAAAUAAUGUAUUAUUUGUUAAAAAUUUAUCCACCGACAUAAUGGAAACUGAUUUAACGGAAAUAUUUGAAAAUUUUCAUCAAGAACAUCAAAAUAAAAUAAAAUAUAAAAUAAUGGGCGGGAAAAUGAAAGGUCAAGCUUUUAUUACUUUUCCCAAUAAAAUAAUUGCAGAAAUUGCAUUGAAAGAAAUGAAUGGAUAUUUAUUAAAAGGGAAACCUAUGAUUCUACAAUAUGGACGCGGAAAAUCGAAUUAA